GAGAACAUCUACUCACCUACUCACUCACUGUCGUACCCUUACUCCAAUUGAUGACAGGACACAGUUCGGAAUUUGUGGGCAUGGUAUAACAGAAACUACCUAGUUACGACGACUACAACCCGACCCGACUCGACCUUUCCCCCGCAUACCAGCCAUGUCCUCUCCCUUCAAACAGAGAUUCCCCUUCAAGCGCACCGAUACCAGCGGCGGCAACGGCGGCGGCGACGAUGGCGUGGGAGUAGAGAAUGAAAAGAAUCAUUCUGCAAGCAAAAAACAAGACUAUGGCAUCACAACAGAAAUCCCCCCGAAAUACGACGGCAGCGACGUCGAACGUCGAAUGUCCACUUCUGCUGCUUCCAUCGCUUCGCACAACAUUAGUGGAAUUCACGAUAAUACCCAUCGUCAGCUCAAACCGCGACAUAUUCAACUCAUUGGAAUUGGAGGCACUAUUGGAACUGCGCUCUAUGUACAAAUUGGUCGAGGAUUGCUGAAUGGAGGACCGGCGAGUUUGUUUAUUGCUUUUACUUUUUGGUGCACAGUCGUCCUCGCCGUAACCCUCUGCCUCGCCGAAAUGGUUACCUACCUCCCCAUCUCGUCCCCCUUUAUCCGAUUCGCCGGCCGCUACGUCGACGAAGCCUUUGGUUUCGCCGCCGGAUGGAAUUUCUUCAUCUUCGAAGCCAUCUUAGUCCCCUUUGAAAUCACCGCCUGCGAUGUCAUCAUCCACUAUUGGUCCACCGCCCUUCCCACCUGGGCUCUGGUGCUCAUCAUCAUCAUCCUCUACGGCGCCAUCAAUCUCGUCAAUGUCAAAUGGUACGGCGAAGUAGAAUUCUGGGCCGCGUUGGGGAAAGUCCUAUUAAUCAUCGGUUUAAUCAUCUUCACCUUUGUGACCAUGUUAGGCGGAAACCCCCUAGGAGAUCGCUUCGGAUUCCGCUAUUGGAAUUCUCCUGGAGCUUUCAAACCCUUAUACACCGAAGUCUCUGGAAUUUCCGGCAAACCCAACUUGGCCUAUUUUCUCGGUUUCCUCCAAUGUCUCAUCCAAGCCUCCUUUGUCAUCGCCGGUCCCGACUACGUCUCCAUGUCCGCCGGCGAAGCCGAAAACCCUCGAAUCGUCCUCCCCAAAGCCUACAAUGCCGUCUUCUAUCGCCUCACCACCUUCUUCGUCCUCGGCGCUCUCUGCGUCGGAAUUCUCGUCCCCUACAACGACCCCGAACUCACCGCCGCCUUCUCCUCCGGCCUACCAGGAGCAGCAGCCUCCCCUUACGUCGUCGCCAUGAACCGUCUCCAAAUCGGAGUCCUUCCACACAUCGUCAACGCCCUCGUCCUCGCUUCAGCUUUUUCCGCAGGAAAUUCUUACAUGUAUUGCGCCUCCCGCAGUCUCUUCGGCCUCGCUCUCGAAGGAAAAGCUCCGAGAAUUUUCACCAAAACAAAUCGUAUCGGAGUCCCUUAUACUUGCGUUCUCGCCGUACUGGCAAUUUGCUUGCUGGCUUUUUUGUCUGUAUCUUCCGGAUCUGCAAAAGUUCUGGGUUGGUUCGUUAAUCUCAUUACCGCUUCUCAGUUGAUCAAUUUCGCUAUUAUGUGUUUUACUUUCCUCAUGUGGUAUCGCGCUCUACAUGCUCAAGGAAUCAACAGAGAAACUCUGCCGUACAAAGCGUGGGGGCAACCAUAUGUGGCUGUGUAUGGAUUGGUGUGGACGGGUGUGAUGGCGAUUGUGGGGGGGUAUACAGUUUUUUUGCCGGGGUUUUGGGAGGUGCAGACGUUUCUGUUUAGUUAUUUUAUGGUGUUUUUGUUUCCGGUGUUGUUUGUGGGGUGGAAGGUUGUCAAGAGGACGAGGUGGUAUGCGCCUGAGGAGGUGGAUUUGAAGGGGGAGAGGGAGGAGAUUGAGGAGUAUACUCGCACCUUCAUCCCACAACCAUACAAGAAUUCCGCAGAUAAAUGGUUCAACAAGAUGUUUGGUGGGUGAGAGAAUUUUCUCUCCUCUCCUCUUCUGCUAUGAAGUUAGACGGACGGGAGCAGCGUCAGCAGCAGAUGAAAAUACAAAAAAGUAUCUACAGCUAGAUACAACAACAACAGGAAAUGAAAUGAAAAUGAAAUGAAAAUGAAAAUGCAUCAGGAAAAUUAUAAAUUGAAGAAGAUUUUAAUGCUCUUAUAAAGUACUAUGUCAUAUGUCUACUCCACUCUGUUUAGAAUAUAA